AUGGAUGAUACCGAAAGGCGAGCUGUCAAGCGCUCACGCUUUGACCAAACAGAAAGCGAACCAAAAAGAGCGUCUAGAUUUGACAGAAGAUCCCGAUCGCCUGCACCAGUCUCCAGGAAAUCCGGAAGCCGACGCAGCAAAAGUCCUCUGGAAAGACCAUCUAGCUCUCCAGUAAAUCAUGAGCCAACGAAGAAGGUAGAUGCUGCCGCUGCCGCAGCCGCCGCAGCUGCAAAAAUAAACGCACAAAUUCAGGCUAAAAAAGGAAUACAACAUGUUGAUGUCCCUCCAAUUCGGGCAACACAGAGUCCUACCCCAGUAUUAGCUGCAUCCCCUAAAGCUGCAAGCUCUGGUAACAGCACGAGUCUGGUAAAUGGUGAGAUGUAUAUUGCAGAUGGAGACUACAUACGAGAUAUUGAAGUCAACGAUCUCCGAAAUCGUUACACACUGACAAAAGGCUCUACACAGAAGAUGAUCAAGGAAGAAACCGGAGCUGAUGUCACAACGCGUGGGAAUUAUUAUCCUGACAAGAGUAUGGCUACUGCUGCUAAUCCACCACUCUAUCUACACGUUACAAGCACUAGCAAGCAAGGCCUUGAACAGGCAGUAAUAAAAAUUGAAGAGCUUAUGAAGCAGGAGCUACCUAAUCUUGUCGAUGAACGAAGAUUCCGACGCCGCGAGCCAGAUCAAGUCGAGAGAGAUGAAUUUGGGAGGCGUAAAUGGCCUGAAGAAAAAAUACUUAUAGACUUCGAACCAAUUCCAGGAUUCAAUCUCCGUGCUCAAGUUGUUGGACAUGGAGGUGCUUAUGUGAAGCAUAUUCAACAAGAAACUAGAUGUCGUGUACAGAUUAAAGGCCGUGGCUCCGGAUUUAUGGAACACGGUACUGGUCAAGAGAGUGAUGAACCAAUGUACUUGCAUGUAGCGGGGCCUGACCCUGCUGAAGUUCAAAGAGCGAAGGAGUUAUGUGAAGAUUUGUUAAAGAAUGUUCGAGAUCAGUACGAGGAAUUCAAGAACCGCCCACAACAACGCCCGUUUGGUGGAACUACUGGUUAUGGCGGAGAACGUGGUUACGGAGAUCGCGCACCAGACCGGUCGAGCUUGUACAGUGGAUCUUACGCUAGCGGAUACGGUAAUUCUGUAGCAGCUACUUUACAGGGAGGCGCCAACCUAGGCGCCUCAGCUGCACCUGGGGCUGCUAGUCCAUCUGCUGCCGCUGACUAUGCUGCACAAUAUGCUCAAUACUAUGGGGCUGGAGCUGAUCCAUACGCCGCAUAUGGUGGCUAUGCUGGUUAUGUUCAGUACUAUCAACAGUAUAUGGCCGCAGUAGCAGCUCAACAACAAACCUCCUCUCCAGGAGGUAUAUCUUCGGCUCCACCUCCACCUCCGAAUGAAGAACCACCCCCACCACCUCCCAACUCUACUCCAGGUGCUGGGAAUCUUAAUGCGGCCCCCCCUCCACCGGGUAAAUGA